GAAUGAUUUUAGUCAGUAUAGUUAUAUUGCUAAAUAGAUGAUAGAAAUCCCGAAUUCACUAAAUAAUGGAUCAGUUGAUAAAAAUAGUUUGUUUAUUGACGAUAAUAUUUCAAAUCAUCGAUUGUUCUUUGAGUGUCAAACGGUACGACAUCUGUAGACCGUUCAAUCAAAAACGAGUUUAUACUACAAUCGGAUCCCGAGGAAUCAUUUCUGCUAAAACCGAUACUUUUAAUUACUCAAAAUUUAAUGAAAGUUUUUACAAACAAUGUUCUUUACACAUUCUUUCAUGUUCGUCAUGUAUGAUAAAUUUACGUUUUAAAGAUGUUGAUUUACCAUGCACCAAUAAUAUAAACAGCAGAGAAAUAAUCUGUAAUUCCAUAUGUAUCACUGAACCACCCUUUUCGACACGGUCUUUAAAAUGUGUCAACGGCACAGUAAAAAAUUCUUUGAUUUAUUACAAAUCGAUUACAAGCCAGGUAAAUAUAAAUGUCCUCAUUAGACAUCCACGCAGCCGUGCAUUUAUAGCAGAAUACUUGAUUACCAGAAAUACACAAUUGACAGAAGCAACACCAGAAUUUAAUUCAGAAAAUAUUUCAUUUGGUGGAUAUAUCAGUACUCCGUUCUUCCCCAUUUCUUAUCCGGAUGACUUGACAUUUGAACAAGUGAUAAGUUGUAAAAUACCAGUGUGCCUGAUACAUUUAAUUUUUGUCGAUUUUCAAAUUGCCGAAGAAUCCAUUGUUGAGUUUUACGAUUCGAAUAGAAAAAGAUUAGGAAUAACCGGAGGCAUAACAUUUCGACCACCUGUGAUUUUAUCUUCUGGACCAGUGUUGUAUAUUAAAUUCUUUGCUAACGCUGGAUCUUCAGUUGGCUACAAAGCUCAAUAUUCUUACGUCAGAGGAACUGCUAAAGGUUUUGUUUUAAAACCAAAUACUAAUUGUGGAGGAUUUGUGGAAAACAAAGGUGGAGCUAUUACAAUGAUGCACAUGGUCGAAGAGUUUGAACCUGACAUGUUGUUUGACUGUAUUUGGUUGUUCCGAAUACCUCAUAAAUAUUAUAAUUUUAAAUCGCAAUAUUUGUACAUGAAAGUCAUAACAUUAAAAGAUUUAAUCGAAAGCAAUCUGAAUAUUCAAGAAGGACUCACAUCAAACGGGCGUACAAUGCCAUGGAAAAACGGAUCUUAUUUUAAAGAAUUAGUUGUGCCCAUAGAUGUUGGCUAUUAUGUCAGAUUGACGGGAACGUUUAAUUCCAGUUCUCGGCUAGAAAUCGCCUACGCAGCUUUUUCCCAAUUAAGAGCGUGUAGCAUAACAAACGAAUUCCUCUGCAAAAAUGGUCGCUGUAUACCAAACAGAUUAAAAUGCGAUAGUUUUGAUCACUGUGGUGACAACAGUGAUGAAUCUGCAGACUGCUUUGAAGCUCACGAUGGCAAAUCGGAAUACAUGGAAAAUAGUUGGUAUGCAUACAAGUCUAACUAUUAUUUCCCAAACAACACAUUAUAUUCAAAACAAUAUCAAAUACUUUUGGGGUGUUUUAUAGGUUUUAUAGUAUUUUUAAUAAUAGUGUUAUUAGCAGUCUACAGAAUUUCAACGUGUUACCACUUUCAAACUGAUUUUCAAAAUAGGCUCAUAUCAAUAAGUCAAUUACUUUUGGAAGGUAUUCAGGUGGAAGAUAAUAGUUCUACUUCGGAAGCAGGAAGGGUAAAUGCCAAUUAUUUAAUUGAUAAUCCACCAGCAUAUGAAUCACCACCAGACUAUGAGGCACCUCCAAAUUACGAAGAAGCAAUCAAAAUGUACAAAGAGUCAACGAAAAACAAAGAUGAUAUUCUAAACAUAGGCUUUAUGGACAUACAAUCAAACUGUAACAGUCAUAUUUUUAAUAUGGAUGUUAAUAAUUAUCAAAUAUUAUCAAAUGAAUAUUUACAAGACAGUAACAAUUUAAUUUCUCUUUGUUUAUGCUGUAGCAAAGGGAGUUAUAAUAUUUUAGCAUUAAAUAUUAAUAAUAUGGAUAGAUGUUGUUUAAGUAAAAUGUAUUCAUUACGAACAUCAACAAUAAAUAAUCAAUAUUGA